GCAUGGCAGAAGCAAAUGAACCCCAAAUCUGUGUGCUCCUCUGGCCGCACACACCCCCUGUCCCACCACACAGCCCCGUCUCCCUCUAGAGAACCCCACAGAGCUUUGCCAGAAGCAGCUCGUCCACUUUUUAGUGUUAAGUUCCCAUUUAACGCAGCCCAAACGCACUGUGAAUAAGGGGACCUCCCAGCCAAGACCAGCUCACGGCACCCUGGCACCAAGGGGUCUCCUCAGUCAAGUCCAUUGAGGGACUGGUCUGAAGGCAUCCUGGCAGCAAGGAUCUAUCUCGUAUCAGCCCCUCGAGGUGAUGGUCACUUCUUUCCAAAGUCAUCCCAUGGCUCCAUCCUGGCAGACCUCUCCCUGGCUCAUGCUGGAGCAGUCUGUGCUCCUCAUCGCAGGAGGAAGGCUGGCUAUAAAAAGCCUGUAGGCUUGUGGAACCAGCUCUGUUUCUCACAGCUGCCAGCCAAGCCUUCCUGAUAACCACAGCGCGCCGAGGGCUGUAAUUUCCCAGGUUUAUAUAUAGAGGAGGGGAGGUCGUGCCAGAGAAGGGGACCAUAUAAAGGGGCCACCCAGCCGCGCUGCCCAGCCGCGCUGGUGGAGCGGGAGAGCCGCGGGGUGCCCCUGUCCGUGGCCAUGGACACCUCUUACCCGCGGGAGGAUCACUUGCCCACGCCAGCUCACAAGCGGGAGCAGUCUUCCACCACUCGCAUCUCCCUGCCGCCUCGUGAUCACCUCGUCUGGUCGAUCUUCAACACCAUCUACAUGAACUUCUGCUGCCUGGGCUUUGUGGCGCUUGCCUUCUCCGUCAAGGCACGGGACCGGAAAGUGGCUGGGGACGUGGAAGCUGCUCGGCGCUUCAGCUCCAAAGCCAGGUGCUACAAUGCCCUGGCCACGGCGGGGAGCGUGGUGCUACCGCUUCUGCUGGCCGCCCUGGUCAUCACGGGUGUCAUUCACCUCUCCAAGCUCGCCCACGAGUCCGUCGGCUUCUUCACCUACCAGUUCAGCGGGAGCGAUGAUGAGGACAAGUGACCAGUGGGCAAGGGGCGGCAUGGAAACUCCUUCAUAUCGCAGCUGGCCCCCUACAAAGGACCACUGGUCCAGCAUAACCCGGCCACCACCCAGCUCUGCCGCCCAGGGCCACAUCUGCAAGCUCUCGUACCCCCCAGGCAGUGCGAGGUCAGGGAGACGCAGCCCCACUUUCCCCACACCGCUGUGUCCUCCACCCCUGGCCCCAAGAGACCCAACUCUGGCUCCCAGCUCAGUUCUCUGUGUUCCCCCUGUGUUUUCGUAUCUUCCUCUACCCCAAGUGGAGUCCAGAAUCCCCAGUUACUAUUUAAAUCAUUAAACCGUGUUACACACUGCAAGUCCUCCGUGUGCGUGUGUGCAGGGCAAGGCGGUGCUAAGGGGACGCCAUAAAUACAGCUUUUCCACUUUCCUCUCACUCUUCGUGGCCAGGAGAAGGAAUG